AUGUCAACAAUAAAACAUAGUAAUAUUAAUGGAUCUCUGGAUCAACUAAACUUGAAUCACAGAGUACGAGGUCAAGGUCAAAGUCAAGAAUCAAGUUCCCCUAGUAAGGAGGACGAAAUCAAAACAUAUUACAUUCGCCUUAUAAAUGAAGAAUUUAGAAAUUUACAGUUAGAUCCUGAUUUACAAUCUAAGUCAUUAUUUGAUUUGAUUGAUUAUUGUGAGCUUUUAUAUGAAGAUCUGACAAGAGUAAUCAGCACGGAGAAGGGAUUAAAAACAUUUAUCAAAGGGUACUUGAUCUUCAAUUACUUUAUCAAUAGUCUUAUAAUUAUGCAUUUUAAUGGUUUUGAUGAAUUUAUAAGGUCUAAUGAGCGUGAUUUCAUUAUAUAUUUGCACUUAUUCACGUUCUAUAACACCGAUGAUUAUAUCAAAACAGACACCCGUUCUAUUCCGUUGGGCAUAUUGAGGAAGUGGAUACUCGGAUAUCUUAUUACCAAAAAGCUAUUGAAGUUUGAUGUACAUGUUUUGUACAAUUGGCUAUACGAAUACAUUGACUACCUAAAGGAAAAGGAUGAAUUUGAAUCACAAGAACAGUUAGUUCAACCGAAUCAAAUUCUGAAAUCGCAGAAGAUGAAUAAUAUAAAUGCAAACCUUGUCGGCAUACACACUGGUCAAGAAUCCUCCCAAAACCUGUCUGAUAGCUUAUCAGAAAUACAGAAUGAUUCUGAUGACAAUGAAUCCCUCAAUCAUUUUAAGAAUAGAUAUCCAGCAUUUACUCUAAAUGAAAUUAACGAUUCAAGAGAAAGCUUAUCAUUCCAGCCUGUUGAUGACUUCAAAAAUGAUCGCUUCUUGCUGCGUACUGAUCUUUCUUCCAAAAGUUCGACACCUCCACCAAUUCCAUCUAUGCCUCCUCCAGUCCCAUCUAUACCUCCUCCAAUACCAUCUAUAACUCCGCCAAUUCCAUCUAUGCCUCCUCCAAUCCCAUUCAAUGCUCCACCUGAAUUACCACGUCAUUCUUCAUUCGAUCGUUCCUCAUCUCCAUCCCAUUCUCCACCUAAGGCUUCAAAGGAAACUCCCUAUCCUAUUGAUACAAAUACAUCCAUAGUAACAGCACCUUAUCCAGUGUCUGAAAAUGUUUCUUCUAAUAGCCUAUAUUAUAGCAACCCAAGUUUUGAAUCUUACGACCAAGAUAUACGUACUAACAAUUUCGUUAAAGCUCCAUCACCAGAUGUCAAUAAGACAUAUUCGAGUUAUAACAGACCUGUAUCAAGUAUUCCUCCACAAUCCCAAAUUUCUAAUGGCGACAUGUCAAAGUUCAAUCGAAAUAACCAAUAUAUGACAUGUGAUAACCCUAACGUUCCCAAUCAAUAUAUUAAUCCCCUGUUUUCAAAUCAGUAUAUUUCUCAACCACCUCCUCAUUUAAUGCUUCCAAAUCAUGCAUUACAACAACAAAACCACCAAGUGGGGCAAAAAAUAAAUUAUAUGAAAGCAUAUUCAAUAUGUGGAUUGAAGAAUUUUGGAUCAUCCUGUUAUAUAAAUCUGACUAUUCAAUUGUUAUUUGGAUUGUUUCAGUUCAAGGCCAUUUUUGCUAAUCUGUAUUAUGCCAAAUACAUAAAAGAUCCUAAGUUCUUAAGAAUUAUGGAGCAUCAAGGCAACUCGAAGACAUCUCAAUUAUUAUCAGAGGCUAUAGCAGGCUUGUUAAAGUCCUUCCAAGCUCAUGGAGGAGCGGCCAUAGCUCCGACUAAAUUUUUAAGAAUUUCUUCGGCAAUAAAACCUGACUUCAAUAUUCCUAAUGAACAACAGGAUGCCCAGGAGUUUCUAUUAUUUGUAUUAGAAAGAUUACAUGAUGAGUUAUCCUACAAGGCGCUUGAUGCGAGAGAUAUUGAUUCAGCAACAUUAGAAAGAUACAUUUUAAAGUGGAACAUUAAUAUCAAUGCUAAAGAUAAAGAAAAUUAUCUAAAUUGGUAUAAGACCCUCAUUAAAAGCGAAGGAAACUCCCCUAUUAAUGACUUAUUUCAAGGUCAUUUGCAAAACAAAUUAACCUGCAAUAAAUGUGGUUAUGAAUCUACUAAUUAUUCUCCUUUUACCAUAUUAUCAUUACCCAUUCCUGACUACAAUGCGAGAAUAAAUUUAUCGGAUUGUCUAAGAUACUAUACACAAGAUGAAGUAUUAAGUGGUGAUAACGCUUGGAAUUGCCCUAAAUGUUCAAAAAAUAAAGACGGAGAUCAUCUUUAUCCUCCCAAUUCACUUGAUAACCACCCAGUCUUUACGUCCAAAAGAAGUGGUAUCUUUAAACUAGGUAGGAGAAGUAAAUCUCCUUCUAGAGACAAAGCCAAAGCGAUCAGUGCAGCUGCAAAGGAUUCAAAGAAUGAUUCUAUUUCUGUCAAAACGCUUAAUUUUAUAAAAUUGCCUCGCAUUUUAUUUAUACACUUGGCCAGGUUUUCUAUGACUAGUAUGACUGACAAGGUGAACAAGGUUAUUAAAUAUCCUUUAGAGUUAAAAUUUAACAAUUAUUCAAACAAUAUUAAUCACGAAAUAACAUAUAAAUUGGUUGGUUUGAUUAACCAUUAUGGAAAUUUGAAAAGUGGGCAUUAUACAUCGUUAGUUAAUAAAUCCAUUCCUAGUUCAAAUAAUGAUGAUAUGAAUCAUCCUUGUUGGUGCUAUUUUGAUGAUGAUACAGUAAGAAUUAAUUUAAGACAUGGUGAUAUCAACAAGCCAAAUAUAGACUUUAAUGAGCUUAACUCAAGGGAUGUUUACGUAUUAUGUUAUGAAAGAAGGUAA